UUCUAAAGGUUGGAUGUGUCUUCCGCUAAGGGGAAACUCUGCCGAAAUUUCGUGGACGCCGACACUUGUGAAAAAUAUCAAGGGAGCUGUGUGUGGACAGCAAAGGGGAGCUGAAAUUCGUCAUUUCUCAAGGAGAAGAUGAAUGAGAGAGGAGGAGAUGCUAAUGGAAGAGGAGCUGUAGCUGAGAAGACAAGUGAGCCGCCGCCAUCAAAAGUUGAAGCUUUGGAUGGCUCCAACUAUGAGGAAUGGAGCGGACGGAUGAGGAGUGCCUUCAAACGCUACAAGCUACUGAAGAUUGCUGUUUGGGAAGAGAAGAUGCCGGAAGAAGGCGAAGCACGCGAACGGUGGAUUGAGAAAAGCGCGGUGCUUUUCGACCUCAUUCUUCAAUCGGUCAACAAGGAGAUGUUCGAGCACAUCAAGGAUCUUGUGGAAGCGGAUGAUUCGGGUCCAAGGGCGUGGAAACUACUACGUGAUGUGGUUCAGCCCAACACUCUCCCGAUGGUGAUCGUGCUCGAGAAGGAACUUGCUGCCAUCUCCAUGCGACCAGGGGACGAUGUGAAGCCGGUCCUUGACAAGAUCAAGGACACCUAUGCAAGGAUGGCAGCAGCGGGCAGCAGUGUAUCUCAGCUGCAGCAGUGCACCAAGAUCAUCUCGGUGUUGGACAACUCUUGGGACAACCUCAUCCCCACCCUCAACUCUCAGCAAGAUCAAUGGACACCUGAAUGGCUAAGGCAGCAGAUUCUGCAGGAGGACUUCCGUAGACGCCAUGUGGGAGGCGGUGCUGCCACGAAGACUGCUGAGGGGUAUGGAGCUGCAGGGCGCGGCAAAGGAAGAGGGGGUUGGAGAGGCCGAGGCCGUGGGAGGAGCUUUGGCAGAGGUAGAGGCCGAGGUGACUAUAAUGAGGGGCAUGGAAGCUCCAGUGGCAGGGGGCGUACCAGAAUGGAGGGCACCUGCUGGUACUGCAAGAAGAUAGGGCAUCCUUGGUUCAAGUGCUUCAGCAGGCCGGAGGGAUGGGCACCUCCAGGCAUGAAGCCGCCCAGUGGUGAACGCGCACAAGGUGGCGCUGUGCAAGGCUCAGGUGCACAAGGUGGAGGUGCACAAGGUAAUGCCUAUCCUGGUUUGUUUCUUAUGGUUGAGGAUGUGCAUGGGCAUGAGGGUGAUGUGGGAUCAGUGGGAAAGGUUGUGAUGCACCCUCUCACACACUGGGUGAUUGAUUCAGGGUGCACCAGUCACAUGACCCCACGGGCAGAUUUGCUUGAUGAGGUAAAACCCCCUGGGAAGAUCAAGUAUGUGGCAGCAGCGUCAGGUGCUUUGCUCCCUGUGAUUGGUGUUGGGAAUGCCAAGGUUAAGGGAGCUAAUGGGGAGCUUGUGGGGCUUGGGAAUGUUCUGCUAGUUGAAGGUUUGUCUGCUAACCUUCUCUCUGUGCGGCGACUGCAGAAGAGCAAGGCCGAAGUGACCUUUGGACCAACCAGCUGCCGUGCUAAGCUUGGGAAGAAGGUGCUGUGGAGUCUGGAAGAGGAGACCAGCUGCAUCAAGGACCUAUGGCAGCUGCCCAUCAUCCCUUGGAAUGGGAAGACUCCAACAACAGCAACGGCAGCAGCGGCAAAGGCAACAGCAGGAGGAGAUGCAACUGCACCAACUGAUGGGGUCCUGGAAGCAGUCAAGAAAGUGCAGCAGCAGCAGACACAUAGUGAGGUGCUUGCUGGUGUGGAUGCGAGUGCGGCAUGGGCUAAGGCUUCAUCAAGGAGUGGUGAGGCCGAUUGGGAGACAUGGCAUGAGAGGCUGUGUCAUGUGAACUUCCCUAUGCUGCAGAAGUUGGUAAAGGAUGGGAGCCUGAAAGGCUUGGAGGUGAAAGGGGGAGUGAAGGAGAUUGGGAGCUGCCCUACAUGCUUGGAGACCAAGUUCUCCAAGUUCCCUUUCAACAGCACUACAGGACCAGCCAAGACCCCACUUGCACUUGUGCACAUGGAUGUGGUGGGGCCCACAAGAGCCCCUUCCCUCUCAGGCAGCCGCUAUUUCUUGACAAUUGUGGAUGACCACACUCGGGCAGUGUGGGUUUACCCUUUGAACAGCAAGGGGGAGGUGGCAGCGGCUGUCCUUAAGGAGUGGAUGCCUAGAGCUCAGAGGGAAUGCGGAUACAAGGUGAAGGUGAUCCGCAGUGACAAUGGUGGGGAGUUCAUUGGAGCUGAUUUUGAGGGGGAGUUGAAGAGGAAGGGGAUCCACCAUCAACUGACAGUGCCCUACAACCCACAGCAGAAUGGCGUGGCUGAGAGGUUCAACAGGACCCUGCAGGAGGGGGCACGCACUCUCCUUGGGCGUGCAGGGCUGCCUGAUCCGUUUUGGGUGUCUGCACUGAGGCAGGUCGCCCUUGUGAAGAACAGGGUGCUGGCAACAGUUGGAGAUAAGGAGUGGAUCCCAUAUGUCAAGUGGUAUGGGAGUGCUCCAGCUGUGAACAUGCUGAGGGCAUUUGGGUGCAUGGUGGUGUUUCAUGUGCCUAAGGAGAAAAGGGGGAAGUUGGAGGCUUCUGGAAGAUGGGGUGUGCACUUGGGGAUUGCAAAGGAUCACAAGGGGCGGCUGCUAUGGGACUUGACCACCCAGAAGUUGACAGUGUCAAGGGAUGUGAAGUUUCUUGAGUCCCUGUACUACAAGGAAUGGAAGCAGCAGCAACAGAAGCUUCCAUCUACACCGCUCAUUGUGGAGGCAGAUGAGGUGCAGCAGCCUUCAAGACAGGUGGAGGUUGCAGUGUCAGAGGAGGAGAUGUCUGGGGAGACUGAGGAAGGGGGAGCAGCUGAAGUGGAGCAGCAGCAGCAGCAUGAGUCUCCACCUCGAGUUCCACACCCGCCUGAGCGUCCUAGGAGGGAUGUGCGCCCUCCAGUGAGGCUGACCUAUGGGGGAAGAGGCAAGCCGAAUGUGGUGCAGGCUGGGAGUGUGGUUGAGCAGAUUGAGGAAGAUGAGAUCGCUCACUGCUACUGGGCACCAAUCCCUGAGCCCAAGACUCAAGAGGAGGCUUUGAAUGGACCAAAUGGGGAGAAGUGGAAGGCGAGUGAGGAUGAGGAGUUCGGGUCCCUAAUUGAGAACGAGACAUGGGACCUGUGUGACUUGCCUCCUGGGAAGAAGGCAAUCACUUCCAAGAUGAUCUACAGGCACAAGUAUGGACCUGAAGGGGAGCUGACCCGCUACAAGUCUAGGCUUGUGGCACGGGGGUUUCAGCAGACAAAGGGGAAGGACUAUGAUGAGGUGUUUGCUCCUGUGGGGAAAGGAACAACAUUGAGGGUGCUGUUGGCGAUAGCUGCACUCCUGGGAUGGAAGAUUCGGCAGAUGGAUAUUGUGACUGCCUUUCUGAAUGGGAUCAUUCUGGAGGAGGUGUACAUGAAGCAGCCAGAGGGGCUGGAUGACGGGAGCGGCAGGGUCUGCAGGCUGAAGAAGGCCAUCUAUGGCCUUAAGCAGGCGCCUCGUGCAUGGUAUCACAAGUUGGAGGAGGCGCUGUUGGCUGGGGGUUUCAAGAAGAGUGAGUGUGACCCCAGCCUGUUCCUGCUGCAGGAGAAGGAUGAAAUCCUGAUGCUCUUGGUGUAUGUGGAUGAUAUCCUUCUCUUCUCUGCAUCAACUGCUUUGCUGGACAGCGCAGAGCAGAUGCUGGAGAUGCAGUUCAAGUGCUCCAAGAUGGGAGAUAUCCCAGUGGAGACACUCGCACGAUUCGAGAAGGAUGUGAAGCGGACCGACACCGGGUUCCUGGCGAUAGCAACAGAGGUGGAGAAUGACGGAGAGAAAGCCUCGGAAACUUCAGAAAAAAUCAAGGAAUUACUGAAGGAGUUCCAAGACAUUCUUCCUGACGAUCUUCCGAACGAGCUACCGCCAUACCGAACGCAUCAACACGAGAUCGUGGAGGAACCGGGUUCGAAGCCGACCUUCCGAGCACCAUAUCGACUCAGCCCUACGGAGCUGACCGACAUGAAGAAGCAGAUCGAGUAUCUCCUAGCUAAAGGACUCAUCCGACCAUCCACUUCGCCGUACGGUGCCCCAGUACUCUUCACACCGAAACCGGACGGAAGCCUGCGCAUGUGCAUCGACUACCGAGCUCUUAACAAGCAGACCAUCAAGAAUAAAUAUCCGAUACCGCGAAUCGAUGACCUGCUUGACCAGCUUCGGGGAGCUACGGUAUUUUCCAAACUGGAUCUGCGGUCCGGAUACUGGCAGAUACGGAUGGCGGACAACUCUAUCCACAAAACUGCUUUUCGAACUCGGUACGGAUCGUACGAGUAUUUGGUCAUGCCGUUCGGACUCACCAACGCGCCGGCAACGUUCCAAGCCGAAAUGAACCACAUUCUACGACCACUUCUGGACGAAUGCGUGGUGGUGUACCUGGACGACAUACUCAUCUACUCGCGCGACAUGAAGCAGCACGUCGAACACCUGCGACGCGUCUUCGAAAUUCUUCGACGAGAACGAUUCUACGUCAAACUGUCCAAGAGCGAAUUCGCCCUGGAGAAAGUCCAAUUUCUAGGACACUUGGUGAGCGCUCAAGGAGUUCACGUCGACCCCAAGAAAGUCGAAGCCGUACGUACGUGGAAGACACCCGAGAACGUGAAGGAGUUGCAGCAGUUCCUAGGCUUCGCUAAUUACUACAACAGGUUCGUGCCACAGUAUGCGAAACUCGCGACACCACUCACGAAUCUGCUGAAGAAGAACACGCCCUACAAAUGGGAGACGAAGCACCAGGAAGCCGUGGAGCAGCUGAAACAAGCACUAACGUCCGCACCGGUGCUCAUCUUGCCAGAUCCCGAACGUGACUACGUCAUUGAAGCAGACGCCAGUGAUCGGGCCGUGGGUGCAGUCUUGAUGCAAGACCAGGGGAAUGGACUGCAACCAAUUGCCUACCUCAGCAAGAAGCUGCACGGGGCAGAACUCAACUACCCGAUACACGACAAAGAGGCUCUUGCUAUCGUCAUCGCCUUCAAAGCGUGGAGAUGCUAUCUCGAAGGACGACGAACGACCGUCUACACCGACCACUGCAGCCUGAAAUAUUUGAAGACACAACCCAACCUUUCCAGGCGGCAGGUCCGGUGGAUCGACUUCCUCGAGACACACUUCCACUACGACAUCGUGUACAAGCCCGGCCACAAGAACAAAGCAGACGCUCUCAGCCGGCCUGCACACGUUGCCGCGAUUCAGAUCGAAGGGAUGAAUCCACUACUCAAGGGACUCUUCACCCACGGGUACGCCAUCGACCCCGAAAUUUCCUUGGCAGAAAAGCGACAUCUGCUACAGUGGGACAGUGACAUCGCGUACCGGAAAGGAUCAACAAAAAUCUGGGUACCCAAUUACCCUCCUUUGCGCCAGUUACUACUCGAAGAAUACCACGACGUCCUGUACGCCGGACACUUCGGUAGCAACAAGACGCUCACCGGUAUCGCCAAACACUACUACUGGCCCCAUAUGGCAGACGACGUCCAGAAAUUCGUCACCUCGUGUGAUACAUGUCAGCGGAUGAAGAGCAGCAAGCAGAAAAAGGCGGGACUACUGCAGCCUCUUCCUGUCCCAGAACAACCAUGGCAAGUGGUUAGCCUGGACUUCAUUACCGGGUUACCACCUACCUCCAGCGGUCAUGACGCCAUCCUUGUCGUCAUUGACAAGUUCUCCAAAAUGGGACACUUCAUCCCGACACACACGACGGCACGCACCGAGGAGACAGCACAGCUCUUCGUUCGUCACAUCAUCUCACAGCAUGGCAUCCCAACUACACUCAUCUCCGACCGAGACCCCAAGUUCACCAGCAAGUUCUGGAAGGAACUUAUGUCUCUGCUCGGCACCAAACUCGCCAUGUCAUCCGCAUACCAUCCGCAGACAGACGGACAGACCGAGCGCCUCAACCAAAUUGUUGAGCAACUCCUCCGAGCAGCCUGCAAGGACGACAUCUCCAAAUGGGACUUGCACCUGCCCGUACUCGAGUUUGCUUACAACAAUGCCACACAUGCCGCUACUGGACAGACGCCGUUCUUCCUCUGCUACGGACGCCACCCACUCACACCACAGAAACCGACAACAUCAGCAACAGUCCAACCUGCACACGACUUCAUCACAACCAUGCAUCAACUUUGGGAUCGGACCCAUAAGCGCCUCCUUGACAUUCAACAGCAACAAAAGCGCCAAGCCGAUCGCCAUCGCAACGAUCACACCGUCACGGUGGGAGACCAGGUUCUCCUUGACACCCGCAACCUGGACAUCAGCCAUCUCCCAUCUAAACUUCGACCUCGCUUCUGCGGGCCUUUUCUCGUUGAAGCACAGGUCACUCCUGUUACCUUCCGCUUACGCCUGCCAGCUACCUGGAAGAUUCAUAACGCCUUCCAUGUCCAACUUCUGAAGCCCUAUCGAGAUCCUAACACGAUCUUCGUCGGACGCCAGCCGCCGCCGCCGCCGCCCGUCCUCGUCCAGAACGAACCCGAGUACGAGGUCGAGUCCGUGCUCGCACACCGCCGUCGUCGGAAUGGCACCGUGGAGCUUCUCAUCCGUUGGAAGGGUUAUGAUCCUUCUGAGGACAGCUGGGUACCUGAGUCCGACAUGGGUAACGCCCGUCGUCCUCUGCAUGACUACCUUGUCAAGCAGGGUGUAGUGGGUGAGAGUGACAGGAAGCUGUUUCAUUCGAUGGUUGGGUCGCUGAACUAUGCUGCAAAUCAUACACGGCCUGACAUUGCAUUUGCUACAUCACGGUUGGCUAGUGUGGUCUCACGCCCUAGUCAUGAGCAGCUGGAAGCGGCCAAGAGGUUGGUCCGCUAUGUGAGCGCUACCGCAUCAGUGGGAUUGGAGUAUAGUGGAGUGAGGCAGCGGUUGCAGAGAGGUGCUGCAGAUGUGAAGAGUGGAGAGAUGCUCUUGAGUUGCUAUACUGACGCUAGCUUCAACUCAGAGGAGCCGACAGUUGUGUUCUGUGACAAUGAGUCUGCUGUGAAGCUCGCCAAGAAUGCUUGUCUGCAUGGGCUGACAAAACACAUAAGGCCUAAGUGGCAUUGGGUGAGGAGACUCCUUGAUAAGGAGGUGCGGCUGGACAUAGUGAAGACCCAUCAGCAGGCAGCACAUAUUUUCACUAAGCGUCUGGCGGAGGCGGAUCAUUGGAAGGGCAUGAAGCUUGCUGGGAUGAGUGUGCAUUGAGUAUGCAUGCUUGAGAUGUUGGUAUGGUGGAUGAUGGUUGGCAGCCAGAGGGGGAGAUUGUUGUGUGAUGUCAUCAUAUGCUAUCACAUUCUGUCUGCCUCCCAUCUCUUGUUUCAAUUCGUAUGUAUGGUUUGACUGUGUGUGAAAGAAUUUGUGUGUGGUGUGUUCUGGAGUUUGGGAAUGUGUUUU